GUACCUACAGUCAGUUUUUGUUUAUCUCUCAAACGAUUCAGAUAUACGGUUUGUUUGCAUCACCACCAUCGUAGAGCUUUCUUUAUACAUUUGAAUUGCGUUUAUUACAAUCGUAAUAUUGAAAGUAGUGUAGUGAAACGAACCGAGCUGUUUGCUGUGCUGGAUACGAAUUCGAAAUUUCUUUUGAUCAUUUGAAGACGUUGAAAAUAUGAGCGAGAUACUGUUUGCUAAAUAUGACAAAGAAUUGAAAGAGUUCCAGGAGUGGCUGAAUUCCAAGCCUCAUCUACCUGCAAAUAUCGAUAAACUCCUACUGUUGCGGUAUCUCAACGUGAACGACUUCAAUUUGGAGGAAGCAAAGAAAUUGUUGCUGCUUAACCUGGACAUGCGCAGAGACAAUCCCAACAUAUUUGCGAAUCGCGACGUAUCGGACGAUGCAUUCCAACGAAUCCACCACACCUUGCAAAUAUUUCCAAUGCCAAGAAAUACAUCGGAAAAUUUCAAAAUUUCAAUAUCUCGCUUGGUCGACACGAAUCCAGACAAUUACGUUUACCUAGAUUUAGUCAGAGCUGUUGUUUCAAUGCUAGACACACGCUUCGUUACGCUUGACAGUAAUGAGCUGAUUAAUGGUGAAAUUGGAAUCAUUGAUAUGAGUGGUUUCGGCUGGAAGCAUUUCAUGAAAACUGCAUCGAAUAUAUCGAUCAUGAAGAAGUACAUGCGAUAUGUGCAUGAGGCGGUUCCGUUCAAAGUGGUUCAAAAUCACUUCGUUAAUUGUUCGCCAACAAUGGAACGGCUGAUUUCGUUUAUGAAACCGUUCAUGAAGCAGGAAAUUCUCGAUUCGAUUAAGUUUCACAGCAGCACGGAAACAUUGUUCGAGUAUAUUCCGAAGGAUCUGCUGCCCGAUGAAUUUGGUGGGACGGCCGGAAAGUGUGACGAUCAUCACAAGAAUUGGUUGAAAGUUGUUGAGAGCAAACGUGACUACAUCAUGAACGAUAAUAACUGGAUGGUCGUGGAUGAACUCUGAUCGUGAUCGAUGGUCGUAUCCAAAUAUCAAAUGUGAUAAAAUAAAAUUGA